AUGAAAACGCUCAUCUUUUUCUCACACAUUCUACUCGUAGCAACAACUGCCAAAGGGGCUAACACAACAAGUGGUAUGUCGGUUUUUAUUACGGUCACCUUCAAAACUUGUUCAAUUUCUAAACACAAUGUAGCUUGCACCUUUUAAGAGGCGCUCUCCCACAAAAUCGACAUAGUCACUACUGGUCAAGGCACAAAAAAUUCAGAUUGAUCCUAUUUGUCCCGUAUUAUAACCAUGAGGUUCUCCCAUGACACUGGCACCCAAGAAUAAUAUUUGGUUCGGCUCCGCGAGCCCUCGUCGGAGCACUGGCUCUAAGUUCCUCUAAACUGUAAAUUUUUUCAAAAAAAUCCUAUCGACUCAGGCUCAACGCCAUUCGAUUUCUCGCAUCUUUUUGAGCAUAUUUCAUGUUGAGACCAAAAAUUUAGCACCCCUCAUUCAUAGCGAAAAAAUUGAUUUGUGGUCGUUUUCAAUUUUUUUUUGAAAAAACUCGAUUUUCUGGAAAAUAUUUGUACUUUUUUCCAAAAAAUGAACGUUGAAUUCGGAUUCUACAGACAAUUUUACACCAAAUUCUGAAAAAUCUGGGAUUUUUUGCUUAUAAGACCGUUUUGAGACAUCUAACCGUUGUUUUCAUGCAUUUCCAAUUUAUAAAGACUUUUUGGCAGACUUGCCAGAUUUCGGGCCGGGCCGGGCCGGGUCGGUGAAGUGCCGGCCCGGCCCGGCCCGGUCGGCCCGGUUCAAAAGGCGGGAAUUCAAAUUUUUCGCGGAAAUUUUUUUCGUUAUUACAAAAAAAAUUUUCGAACUAAAGAUUUUCGUGUUUUUUUUUUUUUUAUUCACUCAGAUCUCACUGAGUUUUUCAAAAAGACGUUAUAUGAAGUUGCUGCUCAAGUUUUUUUCAGUAAUUCCAAGCGAAAGUGUAUGUGAAACAUCGUUCAGCACUGCCGGAUACCUACUUGACAAAAGAAGAACACGACUUCGUUGCGAAAAAGCGGAGCUUGUAGUGCUCGGAGCACAAAUCGCUUCGAAAUAUCCAAACUGGAUUGAGGGAAACUCUGCGAGUGUUGCAUAAAUAUCCCAUUUGUUACUUUUCGUUGUUUUUUGUUAAUUGUUAUUUUUCUAAUUGUUUCUUCUUUGUUUUUUUGCUAUUAUGAAUUUUUUAUGAGAAAUACAUUUGUUUUUCAAUGUUCGAUGCUUGCAAAAAACCCCUAAUUCUACAAAAAAUGGCUUCAUGCGAUCAAUAAUUCAAAUUUUGAAUUCCCGCUUUUUGAACCGGGCCGACCGGGCCGGGCCGGGCCGGAGUUUUGGAAAUUUCGGCCCGGCCCGUGGCAACUAUGCUUUUUGGGACAGUUUGGAAUUUUUUUUUAAAAUUCGAAAAAAAAUCGGGGUCAAAAACCUCGACAAAAUUGAAAAAAUGCAUUUUAACCUAACCUAAAAAAUAUUUGAAAACGACCACAAAUCAAUUUUUUUGCUAUGAAUAAGGGGUGCUAAAUUGUUGGUCUCAACGUGAAAUAUGCUCAAAAAGAUGCGAGAAAUCGAAUGGCGUUGAGCCUGAGUCGAUAGGAUUUUUUUGAAAAAAUUUACAGUUUAGAGGAACUUAGAGCCAGUGCUCCGACGAGGGCUCGCGGAGCCGGACCAAAACUUGUCUGAUGUAUCACUGUUAUGUAAGUACCCAUUGGGUAUAAUAUGGGACAAAUUGAAGCAUUCUGAAUUUUUAGUGACCUGCAGUUUUUGAACUUCUUAGACAUUGCCUCUUAAAAGGUGCAGGCGAUGGAAGUCGUAUACGUUUGCAGGCAAUCAUUUCAAACCGAUCGUCAAAGAUUUGUCCAUUUUGGCACGUCUCACCAACGGAUUAUCAAUUCUGGCCGACUUUCACAGCCAGUCUGCUAACCGUACACUGAUUGUUGCCGAAUUGCUCGGAGUGCGAUCGGCGGACAUUCUGUCGAAACUAGAAGCAGUUGCGGUCAAGUCGAUUUCAACUCAAUUCGCAAACUUCACAAAGGAUCUCGAGUCGAUGUCGAACAUUGAAAACUGGUCAAAUAUGACAAGAGCGGUGCAACAACUUGGCAACAUGUCCAAGAUUCGGAUGGAGACAGUGGACGCGGCAAAAAUAACAGAAGUGGAGCAGCUUGUCAAAAAUGUUCGCAUUUCGCUUCAAGGGACUAAAAUGUUUGAAGACGCGUCCUGUGACAACCUGACCCAAGGGUUUCGCUACUUUUUCGACCACAAGGAUAUCAAAAAUCCGAAAAUGUCUGAUAUCUAUGUGAAUCUGAAACUUGUGAAGGAGAGUGUGGGCAAAUGCGAUACCAGAUUGAUCAAGAUUAAAGAUUACAAAAACAGGAUGAGAAGUUUGUUCGCGUUGGCUGGCAAAAGUGUUGAAAUCAACAAGUUGAAGGGUGUGUCCGAUGUUGCGAGAAUGUACGAAUCGAAUUUUGCAAACUUUGAAAACCUGAAGCCAGCUCUUCAAAACAUGAAAAACGAACUUUCCAAGCUUUCCAAUGUGGCAAGUCGGCACGAGAUGAUUAGCGAGUUGGGGACCGAUUUGAACAAUAUCAAAGACGCUCUGAACGCGACACUGACGCCAAUAACGCCCAGAGAAAUGACUGCAGGACUUCCGGACGGAGUUCAAGAUUUGGAGACCAUAUUCAAAGACUUGAAGCGAAAAUGGCUCCGCGAAGUGAUCGCGAACGGAACGGACAUGAAACCGUUGGAAACACUCCUGACGCCACUUUCCGACUUCAAUUCCAAACUGAAGCCGUUAAUUGCGAGCUGGAGGAGUGUCAACGAUACCAACGCGCUUUCCGUCAUUCCGUCAUUCGCCGCACUGCUCGCCAGCGCGGCUGCCUCUGGAAAAACGUCGUCGUCGAGUGAAUCCAUCACGACGUUUUUCACUUUGUUGGAUUCAUGUGAUGUCGGUUUAAAGAAGAUGUCGGUUUCGCCAGAGUUCGGCGAUUUCGAUAAAGUCAACAACGGUUUGGUGGAAGUAGACGCGAAAGUACCGGAUCUUGAAAAAGUUCUACAGACGCUCGAAUCGUUGGACUCAAUCAAAAAUUAUCCGGAUCAAUUGAUCAAGCAAAUUAAAGAGAUUAUAUAUCGUGUCAAUGAGACAGACAUGGAGAGAGACGCCAUUUACGCGUCUGCUAACAAAUUGAAAAAGUUGACCGGUGUGGAGACGUUUCAAAAUGACCUUAUGACGAUUAUUGAAAAGAUGAAGCCGUUUGUUGGCAUGGAUGCUCAACUGACGGCAACUGAAACAUACAAUUGGCUAGCCGUGAGCGAUGUUCAUAAAAGUUUGAGUGGAACGAAUCUAGAGCAAGUCCUCGAAUGUCUUCAAAAGAAAACCAUCAAUACCGACGGAAUUGAGGAGAUGGUGAAGUUUCAGGCCGAAUUGACCAGGAUCAGAAGCAGUAACGCUGACAUUAACGCGCUGGCAGCUUACAUUUCCGCGGUUGAGACAAUGGGAAAGGACCUGAAAAACGUGUACGGAGCCAUUAAAAGCAGACGCCGACGAGCUGCAAGUGAGCUUCAAAAGCUUCAAAAGUCUCAGGAGCACUUUCAACAACUAGGAAAAGGAGUGAGCGUGUUGAAAGCUCUAGAAAAAGUGUGGAAAAAUCUGGAUAUAGUGAGAAAAGUUGCGAAGAGUGAUAAAGUGGUCGAUCAAGCGAUCGGAGGAACAAAUGUGACGGUGUGGACGGAGGAGAACAAGAAGGGACUGGAGGAGUUGGUGAAGAAGUUGAGUGCUCUGAACGAGAGAGCCGGCCGGUUCCGUUCGAAAGAUCUGCUCACGCUCGGAGAAGUGUUCGACGAGGCCGCCACGAUCCGCGGAGUUCCCAUCGAUUCCCGAUUGCUCAUCGAUCCCAUCUCGACUGCUCUCGCCAAUUCCGCCGACCAAACUGUCAAAAGUGCUGCCGAUGACUUCAAGACGGUCGGAGCACUCCAACUCGACUACUCCAAACAUUAUACUCAUCUGAAAUCAGCCAGGCUCACUCUCGAACCGCUGCGAACGUUUUUCGAUGAACUUUUCGGAGUCAAAAGAGGUGGAGCGGGUUCGGCUUCAACCGGAAACGAUUCUCGAAGCCAGAGGCAAGUAGUAUGACUUCUGCCUAACUAAUAAUAAUCUGUUUGCAGUGGCAAACAGUUUCCAUGGGAGGCAUUAAUAUUUUUUGUCGGCGUUCCAUUCGUUGUGGUCGCUUUGAUUUUUGUUGCGUUAUGUUGCAUCUAUCGAUGCAUGAAGCGAAAAGAUGCACUUUACUGGCAGCGACGUUUUAAAAGCAAAAAAUCUUUCGAACAACUUAUUAUUCAUCGUUCUCGUUAUCUGGUCUGUUCUCUUUUUUCGUAUAUAUUCAGGGCUGGGCAAUUAGCCGGCACGGGCUUUCUGGACCCCUGAACCACUUGCAAUAUUCCGAUCGGCGCCGCCAAACUUUGCCGGCUUCUUGGACAUGGGUUGAAGCAUACGGGGUCCAAGUUUCAGCCCGAUCGGAUCAUCUGGUCCCGAGAUACGGGCUUUUUGGAAACAAUCGGCCAAUGAUCCACAUAUCUCGGGAGCCGACGAUCCGAUCGGGCUGAAACUUGGUCCCAAUGGCGCUCAAUCCAAGUCCAACAAUCCUGAAAAGUUUAGCGCCGAUCGGAAUGUUGCAAGUGGUUCCCAAAGUCCAGAUCAAGGGUCGGCCAAUUGUCAAUCUCUGAUGUAUAUUCAAUCAGUCUUUACGUUUUCAGGCAUUCCAAGAACAAGAGUUCGCGAUUAUGAAAACGAGAAAUGCGCCGAAGAACCUUUACGAGGCCGUUGAAAAGGAUGACAUAGAAGCGACCAAGUCUUUCCUUAAACAAGGCGCUUGGGUCAAUGCCGAACGUUGGUCGACCCAAUUUGCCGUCGCCGCCGACUUUUCAUCGUUUCAGACAGAGCCGAGACUUGCCUUCACGUCGCCGUCAAGCAGCUCAACGUGCCAAUGGUGGAACUUCUCAUUCGAAACGGCGCGAAUCGAUCUUCUCUGGGCGGCGACGGCCGCACACCAGAAGAAGCGUUGAUAGCCGAAAUCAACGGCUUGACGAACGUUGAAAAAGGUUUGGAUGUGUACGGAAACGAAAUCGAGUGCCGUGGCAAUGCGGACGCCGAGGCCAAGAAAGAGGCGGACAAAGAGGAUGCCCGCAAGAAGUUGAAGAAAGUAGAAGCUAUUCGGGCGCUCUUCAAAUCUCUGAAAAAUCAAACAUUCGAGCGAAAAGUUCCGGCCGUACUUCUUCCACCGGAACGCUUCCGCGUUUACAUUUCAUCGGAUUGUGACAAAACAAAGUUCGAGAAAAAGUUCGGCUCCAAAAUCACCACGGAUUUGGCGGUGGCCACGCAUGUCGUAGUGAAAACCAACGAAGAAGGAGUGUAUGAGCCAGGCAAUAAACACAUCAUCCAGAGCAUGCGAAUGCUGUUCGGGUUUGUUGUUCUUCGGGUUGCCGAGCACACGUGUCGUUUUAUUUUCAGUCAAGCCAUGGUUGUGAAGGAAUCGUGGAUGGAUGCGAGUGUGAAAAGCAAGAAGGCAAUGCAGAAGGACUACGAGCAUCAAGUGGAGAAGGUUCGGUACAAGGGAAAAGUGUACGACACAAUGAUCGCGUGGCAUCAAAGUUUCCAUAUGAAGGUGAGCUGGAAUUGACAGUGAUUGACCAACUCGCCAGACUCUUUUCAGCAAGUUCCUUACUUCUUUGGAGUGACAGUGACAUAUCUCGGACCAGCAGGUUUGUAGUUUGAACGAAGCUUUCUCCAAACUGUCGGAUUGUUCAUUUCUUCAGACCCAACUCUGAUCACUUUUCUAAUAAGUCUGGGGGCGAAAUAUUCGGAAAGUCCGGGAGAAGGUUUCGGUUUCUCUUAUCACUUUCCCAAGGAGCACACCUCAUUUUUGGUGUACCCCACAUCAGACACGGUGAGCUCGAAGUCGAAUUUCAAAUUCAAAGUAAGAUUUGUUCAGAAACCCCAACAACAUAUGAGCGGAUUCCGCAAAUUCUCACUCGAACAACUUUUCAUCUUUCUGCUCGAAAGAUACAGUGCGCCGAAGAAUAAUGCGGCGGAGAGCGCGAAUGCAGCAACUGCUGGAACGUCGGCCUCGAAAGCGGGAAGUUCGCAAACACAAUUCGUAUUCUCGCCACCAAGACCAAUUUGA